AGCUGAUCGGAAUAACAACAACAAACUAGCAGAAUGAAUCAUAAUCGUGAUAUUAUGUGGCAUAGACGUAAUGUACUGAGGAGACGGAGGGCAGUAGCAGCUCUUCUUUUAAUUGCAUCCCAUAGCCGAGCGGACCGAGAGUUUUGGGUAAAGAAUUGGGUUGCAAGAAGGACAGAGAAAGGUUUCCACCAUAACCUUUUCAUGGAGCUACAGUUAGAAGACCCUAACAAAUUCCGCAGGUGCUUGCGAAUGGAUGUCGCCAACUUUGAGUUUCUGCUUGAAAAAGUUUCACCACUCAUAGUGAAGCAAGAUACUCAUUUAAGAAAAAGUAUAAGUGCAGCUGAAAGGCUUUCAGUGACCUUAAGACAUCUAGCAACAGGUGAAACCCAAGAGUCUUUGUCGCUUAAUUAUAGACUAGGUCAAAGUACAAUUUCUGGCAUUAUCAAAGAGACGGUGCGGGCAAUUUCAGAGGUUCUCUCCUCUGAAUUUUUGAGGUUUCCGUCUUCUCAAGAGGAAUGGGAAGCGGUAGCUGGAGGCUAUGCUGAGAGGUGGAAUUUUCCACACUGUAUAGGUGCUAUGGAUGGCAAACAUGUCAGGAUUGACCCACCUGUGAAAUCUGGCUCUAUGUUUUAUAACUAUAAACAAACAUUCAGUAUUGUACUAUUAGCCCUUGUUGACGCUGACUUACGUUUUGUGUAUGUGGAUUCGGGGGCAAAUGGUAGAGCAUCCGACAGAGGCAUUUGGAAUAGAUGCACUUUGAAAGCUUACAUAGAAAGUGACAACAGCUGCAUUCCUGCACCAUCACCACUACCAGGAACGGCACAAGACUACCCAUAUGUAAUACUUGGGGAUGAAGGGUUUACCCUGUCAGAGAAACUGCUCAUCCCCUACCCUAAGGACACCUGUCACAAUCGACGGGACAGAAGGAUCUUCAACUACAGGUUGAGUAGAGCUCGUCGUUGUUCAGAAAAUGCCUUUGGUGUGAUGGGAGCGAGGUUUCAGAUCCUGAGAGCACCAAUGCGUUAUGAUCCCGAUGAUGCAAAUCAGGUCAUGCUUGCUAUCAUGUGUCUCCACAAUUACUUACGGUCAAGUGUAGUUGGGCGGGCUUUAUAUGCCCCCUAUCAAAUGCUCGAUAAUGAAGACAUUUUGACAGGGACUGUCACCCGAGGCGAGUACAGGGAUGUGCAGGUUAAUGGUUUAGUAAGAUUUGUAAAUCAAGGUGGCAACCGUCAUGCUGAUGCUGCUUUGAAUUUAAGAGAUCAAUGGUCUGGGUACAUGAAUACAGUAGGUGCAGUACCAUGGCAGGAGAGGAUGGUGACAGUUCCAGCUCCAUAGUUCUUAUUAGUAUUACUUUGUUGAUGUUAGUAUGUACUUUAUCUAUGUGUUCUUGUGCUGUUUAAGUGAAAAGUCCCAACUAUAUAUUUUUAUUUAUGUUGCGUUGAGAAGUAUUGUAACACAUGCUAUUGUUUGUGUAAGGUUUAACAGUAAAGUUGCUUGUGAACA